AUGACUCAUAUAUUCUUGGAAAAGUCUGCAACCAAAAUAAGAAAAUUCAUGGACACCGCAAGGGAUAUGGGCAGUCGGGUGAACGACCCGAAGGAGUCAGCGGCCCUAGCGGACUGUGCCGAGCUGAUGGACCUGUCAGCAGACCGGGUCACAGAUUCAGUGUCGGCUCUCGGGAGCCGAACCGCCCAGUCUCGCUCAGAUGCCCACGCUUGGCUGAGCAGCGUGCUCACCAAUCACUUUACCUGCAUGGACGGCUUGGCCCCGUCGGUCCGGACCCCAUUAGAACCAGAGCUCCGGAAACUCGUAUCAAGGGCUAGAGCCGCCCUGGCUAUGGUGGUGGCGGUGUCGCCUGCGAUGGCUGAGGAGGAGGUUUUCCGGCGGCUUGGCCGGGGUUUCCCGAGCUGGCUCACCAGCCUGGACCUGCCGCUGCUGGAGGCACGACCCGGGGCAGUGAAGGCCAACGUGGUGGUGGCGAAGGACGGAAGUGGGAAGUACAAGACGGUGGCGGAAGCAGUGGCGGCUGCGCCGGACAAUAGCAACACGAGGUACGUGAUAUAUGUGAAGAAAGGGAUUUACAAAGAGAAUGUGGAGAUCGGGAAGAAGAAGAAGAAUCUGAUGUUGGUGGGUGAUGGCAUGGACUCCACAAUCAUCACCGGUAGCUUGAACUAUGUCGAUGGAACCACCACCUUCAAAACUGCUACUGUUGGCGGUAGUGCCUCUCCCACUCAAAGGGGGUGGACCCUACGGCCACCAUCAAACCCACCCCAGGACUAA